CCACCACCCAGCCGCCGUUCCGUUCCGCCCGUACCUUACCCCUCCCCACCACCCGCGCCUGCGUCGCCGCCGGCGCCGUCGCCGUCGCCCGUCCCAUCUCGUCGGGGUGCCGCCGCCCCCGCCCCGCUCGUCCGCGGCGUCUGUCCACCGAGCCCCGAGGUACCGGCUUGUUUUAUGACUUUUAUCUUUCCAUCCCGUCCAGCGAGUGGUCAAAUCACCUUCGGAGCUCGCGCGUUGCAGGUCCCGCCGGCCGGCACCAUGUGCGGCAUCCUCGCCGUCCUCGGCGUCGGCGACGUCUCCCUCGCCAAGCGCUCGCGCAUCAUCGAGCUCUCCCGCCGAUUACGGCACAGAGGCCCUGAUUGGAGUGGUAUACACAGCUUUGAGGAUUGCUAUCUUGCACACCAGCGGUUGGCUAUUGUUGAUCCCACAUCUGGAGACCAGCCAUUGUACAACGAGGACAAAACAGUUGUUGUGACGGUGAACGGGGAGAUCUAUAAUCAUGAAGAACUGAAAGCUAAGCUGAAACAUCAUAAAUUCCAAACUGGUAGUGAUUGUGAAGUUAUUGCUCACCUAUAUGAGGAAUAUGGGGAAGAAUUUGUGGAUAUGUUGGAUGGCAUGUUCUCAUUUGUGCUUCUUGACACACGUGAUAAAAGCUUCAUCGCUGCCCGUGACGCUAUUGGCAUCUGUCCUUUAUACAUGGGCUGGGGCCUUGAUGGGUCAGUUUGGUUUUCUUCUGAGAUGAAAGCAUUGAGUGAUGAUUGCGAGCGCUUCAUAUCGUUCCCCCCUGGACAUUUGUACUCAAGCAAAACAGGUGGCCUAAGGAGGUGGUACAACCCCCCAUGGUUUUCAGAAAGCAUUCCCUCAGCCCCUUAUGAUCCUCUCCUCAUCCGAGAGAGUUUUGAGAAGGCUGUUAUCAAGAGGCUAAUGACUGAUGUGCCAUUUGGUGUUCUCUUGUCUGGUGGGCUUGACUCUUCUUUGGUGGCUUCUGUUGUUUCACGCCACUUGGCAGAAACAAAAGUUGCCAGGCAGUGGGGAAACAAACUGCACACCUUUUGCAUUGGUUUGAAGGGCUCUCCUGAUCUUAAAGCUGCUAAGGAAGUUGCUGACUACCUUGGCACAGUGCAUCAUGAAUUACACUUCACAGUGCAGGAGGGCAUUGAUGCUUUGGAAGAAGUUAUUUAUCACAUCGAGACAUAUGAUGUCACGACCAUUAGAGCAAGUACCCCAAUGUUUCUGAUGUCUCGGAAAAUCAAAUCGUUGGGUGUGAAGAUGGUUCUUUCGGGUGAAGGCUCCGAUGAAAUAUUUGGUGGUUAUCUUUAUUUUCACAAGGCACCAAACAAAAAGGAAUUACAUGAGGAAACAUGUCGGAAGAUAAAAGCUCUCCAUUUAUAUGAUUGUUUGAGAGCGAACAAAGCAACUUCUGCCUGGGGUCUCGAGGCUCGUGUUCCAUUCCUCGACAAAAACUUCAUCAAUGUAGCAAUGGACCUGGAUCCGGAAUGUAAGAUGAUAAGGCGUGAUCUUGGCCGGAUGGAGAAAUGGGUCCUGCGUAAUGCAUUUGAUGAUGAGAAGAAGCCCUAUUUACCCAAGCACAUUCUUUAUAGGCAAAAAGAACAGUUCAGCGAUGGGGUUGGGUACAGUUGGAUUGAUGGAUUGAAGGACCAUGCUAAUGCACACGUGUCGGAUUCCAUGAUGACGAACGCUAGCUUUGUUUACCCUGAAAACACACCCACAACAAAAGAAGCCUACUAUUAUAGGACAGUAUUUGAGAAGUUUUAUCCCAAGAAUGCUGCUAGGCUAACGGUGCCUGGAGGCCCCAGCGUUGCAUGCAGCACCGCAAAAGCUGUUGAAUGGGACGCCGCCUGGUCAAAGCUCCUCGACCCGUCUGGCCGUGCUGCUCUCGGUGUGCAUGACGCGGCAUAUGAAGAAGAAAAGGCCCCUGCAUCGGUUGACCCCGUCUUGGAGAACGCCUUCCAUCCACCAGCCCAUGGAGAGAGCACCCUAGUCAAAAGCGCUGUUCCAGCAGCUGCUGUUUAACCUUCCAUUCCAUGGUUUCAUGAAAUGCUUGAGAAAAUGUUGUCGCUUAGUUUAAUUCUAGCUUCCUUGCAGCUUCAGCCAUUCAGUGUAGAAAUUGCUUUCCUCUAUUUUGCUUGAUGCUUUGUCGUAAUGUUUUGCUUUCGCAUGUAUGUACUAAGUUUCUUUAUGUGGCGAGCAUCGCAUUGUAAAUAUUUCACCAUGGUUGUGCCAUCGUUUAGUUUGCAAACUGCAAAGUUUCAUUAAUAAAUUCCCAUGUUGGUUUC